CGUCUGUUUGUAAAACACGAUUUAAUGGCACUAUACUAGAACGUGGAAUUAAAAAACUAUGGUAAUUAUACAUAACAUCUUUAUCUUCCCGUUGUUUGUCCAGUCGUCUCAAGAAAGUCAUUACGCAUUGGAAGCCUGACCACCUGUUAAAGAGAUGGAGGGGUUGACCUUGGAUGUGUCACCCCUGGGAGAUGAAGGGGCACAGAUGAUUACCUUGGUUGAGACCACCAGCCUGGAUGAUGAGGCCACACAACCUAAUGUUCAUAUCCUUACUGCUCACCAGUUGGAGAGAAGUGCAGCAGAGCAGUUACAUGAAGAACGACGGCGACACACUCACCUGCACCAUCAUCAUCAUCACCACCAUCACCACCACCAUGUACAAUCAUUGGACCAGUCUGUGUCAAAACUUCAGAGAAAUUCAUCCCAGUCCGGUCCACACUGCCUGGUCUGCAAUGCCAAACUGGGGGUGUCUGCAAGGGGUGCUAUGGAAGUCUUCUCUGAUAAGGCAAAGACUUCACAUCGUCAGCUGCAAGUUCAUGCUGUUCUGAGUACCAUUGUCAACCAAGAUUUGAGUGUUCUUGUUGCACACUCAAGCAUUGUGUGUAAAAAGUGCUUCAAGCUUAUUGAUGACAUAGAUUCUUUAGAGGGCCAGCUUAUGAACAUGAAACAAAUGGUGACCAAUAAAUACAUGAGAACUUUAGCCUUGGUGAAACAGGAUUCCAUGGGAGAGAAUGUUGACAAUGUGCUAGAGGAGGAUUCCCUCAACCUUGAAGCUUCCACUCUUGCCAAAGAUGAUAAGGACUUUAAGGUGUACAUGGGGUCAGGAGGUGGGGGACGCGCUCGUAGAGGUCGUCGGGGCAGAGGUCGAGGUCGACCUCCGAGUGUUAAACUUGAGGUGAAGCAAGAGGAACCGGUGGAAGUCAUUACUGGUUUGGCAGCCAGUGAUACUGUCGAGACAUUGAAGCAUCAGGUCCAUGAACAUUGCAUGCAGGGGCUCCUCAGCUCAUCGGACAGCAACGAUGGUCUUGGAGGAAGAUUGGAUGAAAGCUUAGAAGAUGAUGGAGGGACUGACAUGUUGAUGGUUGAAGAGGAAAUUCUAGAGGACUCUUCAGUAGUGGAUGCUGUUGAGGAUGUUAUGGAGGUGGAUGGAUUAGACUUGGAGGAUAGUGAAGGAUGUGUCCAGAUUAGUGGGCUGACUUUACCAACUCUAAACAGUCAUGAGUUAGGUGUGGAACAUGACUCUCAAGACCUAAACCCAGACCACCACCUGCUGGAAGAUGGAAUUGAGAAAUAUAAAUGUCGUUUCUGUUCCCUUAAGUUGAGCGUGUUUGCCGACAUGCAGACACACAUGAGAGAGUCACAUCCUGAACGCUUAUAUGAAUGUGAAGUUUGUCAAGAGAGACUUACAACUAAAGCUGAACUAGUGUGUCAUCUGGAACAUCAUAUUGCCACGGGAGAGAAACAGUUUGCUUGUACAAUGUGUCCACGUAGAUAUGCUCUUCCUCGACAGUUAAAAGAACACUUCAGACAUCACAUGAACAAAACUUUUGCCUGUUCCCAGUGUCCAAAGAGAUUCCGGUCAGAAGCAGCACUUCAAGAACACUUUAAUGUUCACACUGGAAAUCGUCCAUAUGGAUGUGGCCAGUGUUGCAAAAAGUUUACAUCAAAACACAUUCUCAAGACCCAUAUGAAAACACAUGGGGUACGUCACAGACCACACCAGUGUACAACUUGUGGCAAAAAUUUCCUUACAUCACAUCACUUAACUGAUCAUCUAAAUGUGCAUGAAGGGAAGAAAAAUUUCAUUUGUGAAACAUGUGGCAAGGCUUUUGCUACUCAAAGAAGCCUAGAUUUACAUGCCAUUACUCAUUCAGGAGUCAAAAACUUUUCUUGUUCAAUAUGCAAUAAACACUUUGCAAGAAAGGGUGAGGUUGAAGACCAUGAGAGAACUCACACUGGUGAAAAGCCUUUCCAGUGUGAAAUCUGUGGGUCUACAUUCAGCCAGAGGAGCAACCUACAGUCUCAUAAGAGGACCACACAUUUCCAAGAAAAGAGAUAUCAGUGCACACAAUGUAACAAAGCAUUUAAGAGGAAAAGACUACUGGUUUAUCAUGUUAUGAGUAUACACACUGGUGAGCGGCCUUAUAAGUGUGGGCAAUGUAGUGCAGGCUUUGUCUACCCAGAGCAUUAUAAAAAACACUUACGAAUUCAUACUGGUGAGAAACCAUUUAAAUGUGAUAUAUGUGGUAAGACUUUCAAUUCCAGGGACAACCGCAAUGCUCAUAAAUUUAUUCAUUCUGAUAAAAAACCAUAUGAAUGUAUGCUGUGUGGUGCUGGCUUUAUGCGUAAGCCUAUGUUGGCUUCCCAUCUCCAGCAACAUGGCCACACAGAUAAUGUUGAAGCUUUUAUGAAAGUGAAUCCUCCAACUGUUGUGGCUGCUGACACCUUAGGGGAGGGGGCACCAAGUCCAACAGGAACCAUUCGAACCAUGAAGCUUGAUGAUGAGCAGAGCCUAGAUCCUAGUUUAGAUGGGCCAGUGCAGUUGGUGCGUGGUGGCGUGAGGGACGGAGAAACAGUUGAGGUGGUGUCAAGACCUGUCCACAUCAUUGAAGCAGAUGAUUUACCACGUUACAUUAUUCACACCACAGGUGGGGGGGAACGAAAUGAAGAAGGUGUAGGGCACUUCUUUGCUUCCCUUCAAGGUCAGGUAGUUGAGGUUCGAGCUGAAGACAUUGAACGAUACACUGACCUCGCAACAGACCAAAUAACGCAGGUUGCUCAGGUGGCAGCUCAAGUUGUGACUGGUCAACCUGCGAAUAAUAGCAUCCAGCAAGUGGCCGUUUCUAGUGACCUUCGCCCAUUUAAUAUUCAGCUUGAACCUGGCACGCGAGAAAUUACACUGCAGACCCAAACAACCAAUGCUCGUGAAGUCUCAGCUUCUGUUGGUGUUGCCACUGCUACUGCUAUUACAACACGUGAUGUCACCUUGCCGACAGUUAGUCAAGUGCAAGGAAAUGCAGGAACAACAGUCCUGGUGGGUGGACGUCAAAUGCAGUACGAAUCUGGGGGACUUGGACAAGGCACUUUGCGGAAAGUCUUGACUGACAGGGAUGAGUUGCGUACUAUUUCUGUGCACAACAUGGCAACUGCAUCAGAUUCACGCUCAGUUCGACAAUGGCAACAACAGAGUAUAAAUACAUCAACAAACAAUUUCAUUGGGGAUUAAUUUUAAAAAUAUACAGUACAAUAAUUUAUAUCCUGUAUAAAACAUGCCAGUGAAAAUUUUAUGUUGGCUAAUUUAUGAUGAUGGGCUUUAAGAUGCUUUAUGUAUUAAAAUAUGUUAGAGAUGUAUAUAUUUAGCUCUAUUUUUGGAAGUUGGAUUGUUAAUGCUUCUUUGUUGCAACUGUGUUUUAGAAGAAGGAAGUUACUGUAUAAAGUACUUUCUUGUAUAUUUCCAUAUAACCAUAAACAUAUUCUGGAUAUCA